AUGGCGGCACUCCAGCAGCCGGUAUGGCCCGUAGGGGAUGCUUUGAGGAGUUUCGCGACGGUGGUAGCGGAUAACGGCAGUGAGGAGGGGUUUAAUCCAGGGACGGUAUCGACGUUUAGAGGGGAACCGGCCCUCAGAAUCGCGAAAAAGGAUAUCAUGCAAUUGGCUCUUCCAUUCCAGCACGCACUUGUGGGUCGAUUCUCGUACAGCAGGCCACCCAUGGAGACGGUGCGGAAGUUCUUUCUGGAGUUGGGUCUGAAGGGGGAGUGUGCGGUCGCCUUGUUAGAUUCGAAUCACGUUCUCAUCAGACCAACACUGGAGGAGGAUUACACUAGACUCUUUGUCCGCCGUACGUGGUUCAUAAAGAGUUCGCCUAUGACUCUUUCGAAGUGGUCGUUGGAUUUCAAAGCCAACAAAGAGAUCUCAAUUGCGCCGGUCUGGGUCAGUUUUCCUGGCUUACCCAUACCGUUCUUCGACAGGCAGGUACUGAAUAAAUUGGCCUCAGUGUUGGGUCGUCUGUUGAAGGUCGAUGCAGCAACGGGGGAUCUGCGGCGGCCCUCGGUAGCCCGGGUGCUGGUUGAGAUGGAUGUAACCCAGACGCCUGUGACGCGGAUCUGGAUAGGGGAGGAAGAGUAUGGUUUCUGGCAGAAUGUUGAAUAUGAAGACUGGCCAGAGUUUUGUCAUUUUUGUGAACGGUUUGGCCACGAUCAGCAGAUAUGUUUCAAGAAGAACCCAGCGCUAAAACCUAACAAAAAUCCGCAACCGCAGCAGACACUCCCUCGGCCCACAUGGAUUCCGCGGCAGGGGAAAAAGGUGCGGCGGGGUAUGCAGCAGUCGACGAUGGCUGGAGAGGCGGGCGGAGUUGAAGGGGCUGAGGCGUUCGUUUUGGAUCAGGGGCAGCCUGAGGGGUGA